AUGGGAAAGACAAAAAAAAAGAAUAUGAGAAGUGGAGUAGACAAGCCAUAUCCUAAUUUGGCCGAUCAGAUUGUUAGUGAUCGGGUAGUCUCAAAAAAGAAAGAACCAAAGAUACGGUUACGCCAGGAUGAAAGGGAAGAGGUUAUUGGUUCACAACUGUCCAAACGUAUAUUGGAUCAAGUAAGAGAACAAAAGCAAGAAAUAAAUGAAAGCGAGGGCACAAACAAAAAUCUACUCACAUCAUUAGGCUCAGGAUCUGAUUCAGAGGAAGAUGAAGAAGAAAAACCGAUGUUUGGCGAAGGAGAAGACGAAGAUUAUUAUGAACAACUGGAAAUCAAUGCAGAUGAUGAAAAAGCUCUAGAAAUGUUUAUGUCUAAAAAACCUGAAGCUCGAUUAACUUUAGCUGAUAUGAUCAUGGAAAAAAUUACUGAAAAACAAACUGAAAUGCAAACUCAAUUUACAGAUGCUGAAAGUGUCCAAUUACAAGAUGUAGAUCCACGUGUAAUACAGAUGUAUAAAGGUGUUAAACAAGUGCUAACCACAUAUCGAAGUGGAAAAUUGCCUAAAGCAUUCAAAUUGAUUCCAAAACUGCGAAAUUGGGAGCAAAUUUUGUACAUAACUGAGCCUUCUACAUGGAGUGCUGCAGCAAUGUAUCAGGGUAUUCGUAUAUUUGCAUCUAAUUUAAAAGAAAAUAUGGCUCAAAGAUUCUACAAUCUUGUUUUGUUACCUAGAGUUAGAGAUGAUAUAGACGAGUAUAAGAAAUUAAACUUUCAUCUUUAUCAAGCAUUGAAAAAAGCUUUGUUCAAACCUGGAGCUUUCAUGAAAGGAAUACUUAUUCCCUUGUGUGAAAGUGGUACUUGUACUUUACGAGAGGCGAUUAUUAUUGGAUCAGUUAUAGGCAAAAAUUCUAUCCCAAUGUUACAUUCAGCAGCAGCUAUAUUGAAAUUAGCCGAGAUGGAAUAUAAUGGAGCUACAUCAAUAUUUCUUAGAAUACUUUUUGAUAAAAAAUAUGCUCUUCCAUAUAGGGUUGUAGAUGCAGUUGUUUUCCAUUUUCUUGGAUUUGAGCAUGAUGACAGAGAAUUACCAGUUUUGUGGCAUCAAUCGUUUUUAACAUUUGCUCAACGUUAUAAGACAGAUAUAAGUUCUGAACAGAAAAAAGCAUUGUUAAAGUUACUCAGAACAAAAUCACAUCAUACUAUUACACCAGACAUUCGCCGUGAAUUAGAAAGCUCCACAUGUAGAGAUAUAGAAAUGCCCGAGCCUAUGUGA